GUCUUCUAAAAGUUUAAGUCUUCUGAAGCAUUUGUGUGAAAUCAAUGGUUUUAUUUUGGUAAGGCUUCUGGGAAUAACAGCAUCUCUUCCCUGUUGAUUUAUUAAGGGGAAUUAGAAAUGAUGCUAAUAUCUAUUUUGAACUAUAUGGCAGGGCCUUUUAAUGUUUAUGAACUGAUUUUGGAAAUGACUGUUUAGUGAGCGUAUCCCUAUUUUACAUACGAGGAAACUGAGGUUCAGAUUCGAGUCCCAGGCCACUCAGCUUUAGUAAAUGGCCAUCAGGAGACCUUCUGAAAUCUGUUCCUAAACUCUUGCCCUUGUGUCUCAUUCUGAUAUGUUCUCAUACUUGUUUGCUUCCCAACCCUUAAUUAUUCUAUGACCAUUUAGCUGUGUAAGUUUUGUAGAAAUAUUUCAUGCAUUGAGUCCAGGUACUUCAUGGCUAAUGUAUAGUCUAACCUAAUUAUGUGUUUAUUGAUUCCCCAGCGUGCUAGAAUGCUGCAGGGCUGGCCAUUGUCCUAAACCAUUUAUAGCUAUGGACUUGCCAGAUGAGACCCAGUGGGAUGAAACCACUUGCGAGUUGGCUCUUUGUCAGCAUCCGCAAUGCUGGGCAUCUUUCCGCCGGGUUGAAAGGGGCCAUCCUCGGAUUUUGAACUCACCUUGCAAAACCCCUGUGGAUGCUGAAGAUAAACUCCCAGUGCUCACGGUGGUCAACAUCUCAGAUUCCUGCUUCCAGGCCAAGAGACUUGCUCAUCGUCCAUUAUCAGCAUCUGCCGUGACUAAGACACGCACUUUGUUGUCUCAGAAAUCAAAAUUUGACUCUAAAUUUCGAGGCAGGCUUCAUAAGGGUUUACCUGACGAUUUGAGCAGCCUUACUAAGAGAUCUCCCAAAAUUUCAGUGUUGAAUUUGAACGCGACAGAAAUCCCCUCCUCUAAAGAUGUUAGAAAUAUGGUUGUGGUCUGGGUCCCAGAAGAACAAGAGAAGCCUGUGAGCCAGUAUGAGAAAAAGAAAAGAAAGAACUCGGCAAUGAACAAAUCCUCCUUUGGUCUGCCUGGAAAGCAGGGCACAAAAACACGGUUGAGAGCGCCAAAGAUCCUUGUGCCUCCCCCUUCUCCAGUCCAUUUGUUGGAGCGUUUCAGUUCAGAAUCCAUACCUCUGUGGGCCCAAAUUGGCAUGUUACCUCAGGAGCUGCUGAUGGAUCUUUUGGCAGAUGGAGGGAUAGAUGUGCCUUGCCCAGAGAUGAAGAUCCAGUUGGCCAUGGUGAGGAAGACUCUUCCCCUGGAGAAGAGCCGGCCUGACAGCGCACUGUCUGCUAAGAUGUGUCUGACCACCCACCGCCUCACCCUGCAAAGACCAGCCUUGCGGUAUCCUGAACAUUGGAAGAAAUUACAAUAUAACCUGAAGAUAGAAGGUCUCAGGAAACAGCAGCGGCGCCAGCAGCAACGGAGGAAGGGGCCUCAAAAGAAAGCCAGAGGUGAUCCAGAGAGGCAGAAUUCUGCACAUCAAUGUUCAGUUACCAUUGUCUGUGACCCUGUCUGUGAAGCCAAUGUGAUGCCGCAAGAAGGUUUUGCCUUAUCCAGGAUCGGGAGUCACUUGCAAGCUGGAUUUCAACUAGAAGCCCAACAAGAAGGCCACAGAACUGUGUCAGGUCAGGAAAGUAACAGAACAGCAGCAAUGGCAGAUGGAGGUAGAAGUAUCCGCUUCCAAACAGGUCCUGAACUGUCUGUCAUAGAACCUGCUUAUGAGAAUAAUAGUUCUUCACUGGAGGCUGCACCGGAAGUUGAAGCGGCACAAGGAGAUGAGAGUACUAUCCAACAGACCCUCAGGAAGCUUGCAGAAAGCGUGACUGGAGUAAGCUGGAACCCUGAGCUGAAACUCCUAAGGAUUCUUCAGGGCAGUGAUGAUGAGGACGAUGAUACUCAAGCCUCUGGGGCCCAGAGUGAGGAGUCUCUGGCGGCGUGGGCUGAAAGCAUUACCGAGGAAGCCUUGUCCAGAGCGGGAUGGUCAGCAGCCCGAGGAUCGCGACCUUCGAGUUAAGGGAAGGAAAGAGGAUGUCUGUUUUCUGCAGCCUUUACCAGGGCCAUUCUGUUGAUGUCAUUUGCUUCUUGCCUCUAAAAUAAAUGAGGGGGAAGAAGCUCCACCCAUUUUAACCUUAGAUUGUUUCUCUUCCAUUAGGGUCAGAAUAAUUUUAGUGAUUAAACACAACUACUUUUCCA